AUGAACAAGAGCGAGCCCUAUCUGCCCAUUAGCGACAAGCCCUUCUGGGAACGCGACCAAGAAGAGGACGACCCUCUAAACAGUGUUGCGGACAGCUGUGUCCUGCUCCAGUCUCUCAAGCAGUCGAGAGAAAGAUGGCUAUUCAGGACCUUCCCCAAGUUCUCCAGCAGGUCACGCGGCAACAAAAAUGCAGACGUCGUCCCACCGCCCCAUACCAUUCAGACCAGAGGGCGCUGUGAUCUGGAGGUCGGACCCCACAUCUUUCCAGAUACCCUAUUCUAUGAAGUGCACUAUUUACCAACGCAAGCACCGCAAUCUGCGACUGCGAACCACUACUGGCAAUCCUCGUACACGGCUCCCUACUCUCAUACGAUACCAACCUCUACUUCACAGACGCCGCAGCCGCCAACAACGGUGCAACCUGAACCAGAGAAAGCAUCAACGUCUAACCCCUUCAUGUCGUCUCUGCCCUCUGUAGCCGCGGUAACACCCAGCCUUAUUAGCCAAGUCAACACUGCAGCAUCUUCUAAUCCGAUUUUGGCGAACCUUCUACAGCUGGCCGCUGCCGGAAAGGCGACUCCCGACCAACUUAAAACACUCGGGCUACUCAUUCAAUCUCUCGCAAAUCUCGAAAGGACUCCUUCAGCUAUAGCUCCACCGUCGCAGCAGCUGAGCCCUCUGCAACCAACACCCGCCCAAAUGGAUUAUUAUAGAAAUAUGCCAACUCUGCCCCCAGUGAAGGCAUUCGAUAUUGUUAUCGAGUUUCGUGAAACCCCGAACGAUCGUUGGCUCUUUCCCCGAGGUCCGGUGUAUGCGGAACGCAAACCUCGCACGAAUUUUGCGAGCCUCAAUCAAGAUAUAUUAUUGCUAACGUGCCUUCCGUUUGAUGAUGCUAUGAAGACACGAGCCUCUGCACCUAAUGGCACAGAAACAUCUUUGACGCCUUGUGUUAAAAGUCCAGUUACACUGACCCUCAAAGAAGCUCCAGCGACUAUCUGGGACACAAUAAAUCGAUGGACAGGGGGUGAAGAGAAAAUGAAUGUAAAUAAAACUUACAUCGAGGGCCUGGUUGUACCACCUCGAUUAUACCUCGGACUUCAAUUGCCACCUGGACCAACACUCACGCAACUCCAACAAGCCUGUGCUUCGCCUUAUCCUAUGAAGACCCUCAAACAAGGUCCAACAGCAAUGCAUACUAGAGCGCCUCGCAAGAGGACCAAUGCCCAACGGAAGGGUGCAGGCAAUUCAAACGCUCCAGAGGGAACUGCUAGUACAAUUAGUGAAUCCAUUGUCAUCAAGCGACCUCGCACGUCCAAGUCCUUUACCACCACUCCAAUACAAUGUCAUUCUUGCAAACAAACCGACGUGCCACUGAUUAUGGGAGGCAGAUUCUGUCGUCCAUGUGCUGAAAAGCAGACAGCCAGUGCUAUCGCGCCGCCGUCAUCAACGACUGUUCCUGCUGUUCAUGUCCUUCCUCCGUCCUCCUGA